GCCAAAGACGAGGACAGUGAUCUUCUUCAUUUCAUGUUCAAUAACUGCCAGAGCAAAGAGAAAACUAAUAAAACUAAGGCUGGUUUAAAAACUGCAUGGGAUGUGACAACAGAUGGAAUCAGUCAGUUCACAGAUUUUCUAAAAAUGGCGGAACCUCGCAGGCUGAUGUCAACCAUUGAAGUUCUGAAGGAGCGGGAAGUGCUGAAAGCCUGCAUCGAAAACCUGCGGAGCAGAGUUGAGGAUGUGGAAAAGAAACAGAGAGAGGUCCAGGACACUAAAGAUGCUCUGAAGAAACAUCAAGAAACCAUGAAGAGCAAUGAGAACUUCACUAAAGAAGUUGAUGAGCCCUACAAAGAAAAACAAGAUAUCCAAGGUGGUCGGCAUGGCUUCUUUUGGAGGCAUUAUAAUGCAGCUGUAUCCUGUUUAAUCUGUCAGGAGACCUGUCACGAUCCAUGCACAAUGGCCAAGAAUCCAAAGGGCUGUGAAAUGUUGAAAAAAGACAACUGCAAGGUUUGUACCCGGAAGUGUAAGGUGUCAGAUCAUGUAAAAGACACGUGGAUCUUUGUGACCAAGACAAAGAAAGUUACGAGGACCAUGAAAGAUCUGGAAGCCAUGUAUAACAGCAGCAAGGCAGGAAGUGAGAGGGAGUCAAGCAUUUUGGAAAAUCUACAGAAGGAAAUGGAAAAACUUCAGAAAGAUAAAGAUCAGAUGUUGGAUGAAUCCUUCCAGCAUGUUGUCAAUCUGGAGCAGAUCGCUCUGAAAGUUGAUUCACUGUCCACUCAUGUCCACUUGGACUUCCUGAUUGAGAAGAUGAAGGAGAAAAGAGACACAGAGAAGAUCCAGAAACUGGAAGAGAUGAAGAGUCGAGUGGAGGAAACAACCAGAGCAGCAGCACGAUACAGACAAACAGGAUCUGUUGAAGAAGUAAAGAAGUAGGUGAUCAGGAUGUGAGAGCAGACAGAUGUGUAGAAAACAAACUCGACACUGUUGAUUCAAGUGAUUGAAGGUUUUUCAUUCUGUUUCUAUAAAGUCUUGAUGUCAUCACUAUAUCAGAACAUGAAAAUGUAACCAGUGUUUAAAUGUGUAGUUUGAGCAGACAGCGCCCUCUGUGGUCUGUAAUGAUGAUUGUUCCUGUAGUUUGAUGAUGAAUCAGCAGCAGUUACUGUGCAGAUGAUCAGCAGUGCUGAGUCAUGUUCUGAUCCACAUCAGUGAACGCUGAGUCAGGAUUGAUUUGGUGCUGUUAGUUACAUCAUUCAGCCUCUUUUCUCCUCUCAGCUGCUCAUCACAUCAGAACACAACUUUCACUGUGUUCACAUUUAUAUCUGCUGUGACCAGCUGACAGCUGCUGUAGAAACACACAUUAUUUGUGCUGACAUUGCUGUUAUAAUCAUGUUUCUCUCCAAUAUAAUCAGGCUUCUGCUCACAUGUUUCUGCUGCUGCUGGUCUGAAUAGAUGUGUCUUAUAUAUCCACCAUGAUAUUAUAAUGUUGAAGCUGUUGUGAAACUAAAUAGAAGUAAAGUGAUGAUAAAGGAGUUCAGCCUGGAGGGGUUAAAGCUCUUCCUGUGUGUUGUGACUGUUUCUCUCUUUGUGUGAGUUGAAUGUUUUUAAGGUUGAUCUGAUGUGUUUUUCUGUGAUUUAUUGUGAUGUUACUCUGAUGUUGACACAAGUGUCAGUAACACAUCACUGACAUACUUCUGCUCAUAUAAAGCAGUUAAACAUGAUGUUUGUCAUGUUCAUCACUGUACAGAGGACUCUGAGUCUGGAGGGUUUCUGAAGAGUCAUGUGAUCUACUGUACUUUGAUUUGAUUGGUUCUCUGGUUCCUUCAUGUGUCUUCAUGCUUGUAGAAUAUCUCAGAUGACUCAGUCCACGUGGAAACAUGUUGAUCCAUAUUUUUAGUGAUUGUAAUAUAUUGUGUUAUUCCACAUGAAGUCAUGUCCUGACUGAUGCAGCGUUCAGUGAAUCAUUAAUAAAAUCUGUGCUUGAUGAA